UUUAUUUCCACCGGGGCGUACCAGUACAUACAAUAAUCGUUUAAGAUACAAAACAAAUAAGUUUGAUUAUAGAUAAUGCAUCAGCAUCUGACUUAUUUCAUUGUCAUAUUGUUCCUCUUUGUCUGUUAUACAAAUGCCGGUUGUAACAGAAAACUCAGGGCAUUCAAAGGUAACGUAGAGGGAAAAACGAACCGCGAGCGGGCUGUUAGAAAGCGUCCUGGCCUGCUCACCAUCAAUGCAAGAAUGCAAAGUGUCUCAUACAGAGUUCCUAGUAGGACAACACAGCGGAGGCGGUGGCUGGGACGACCCAAAGCCAACAACGUGUUCCGUCGUGAUGGCCUGCCCGAGGACUUCAAAGAGACCACCUUAUCUCCGAAGGCGCAAUUUGUCCUCAGCCAACUGAGCAACAGCAAGAUAAUUAGGGACAAAAAGAACUACAAGGCCUUGUUGCAGCAGCUCAAGAAUAUCUUCCACACCACCAAGCGUCCCACCCAGAAAUGCGGCAAAUGCGGCUAACGUUAAUAAACUAUUGGGAUCUAAGGGAUCCACCUACGUUA